AUGAAUUUUCCAAACAAUUCUCUUGAAAAAGGAAUAAGGAGUACCAGAAAUUUAUACACAUUUAUCCCUAAUUAAAUUGAAAAGAAAAUUAUAUAUUUGCUAAGUAGCAGCUUCAAAAUUAUUUCUAAAUUUACUGAAAGAAGCAAUAUGCUUAUCGAUAAAUCUUCUUGCACAAAUGAAAAAACAAAAAAAAAUAUUUUCAAAAUUUGGUUUAAAAUAAAAAAGCGCAUUUUAGAUAAUUAAUUACCCACUUUUGAAUUAAAAAAAUCCUACCCGUUUCUAUUGAUAAAUUUAAUUAUAUUCAAAAUAAGUUUAUACUAAGAUCCUAACAAAUAAAACGGAAUAUGUGAUUCUGAUAAAAUCAUUUCUACUUUAUCUAAAAAAGAAAUCUGUAAGUAGGGAAACAGAAAUAAUUUGAAUUCAAAAACAAUUGCAGCAUUGCAGUAUAGUCUUGCAAUACAAAAUUGA